CGAAGAAGCCAGCUUUGAACCCCCUGUUUCGGUGUCACAGCCAGUUACAGCCACAAAAAAAACACAAACAAUGACUUUGAAACCGAAACAAAGAACUCGCAGGAUUCAGACAUGCAUUUUACCAACUUCUGUUAGUGUUGGAGUGCAAUGUGAACUGUUGGUAGCCCCUCCAAUUUUAUCAACCACUCAAGUUGAUGCUGCUACAUCAGAUGAAGAGGAAGAAGAAGAAGAGGAUAGUGAUGUAUUAUGUAAUGCAGAUUCUGACUAUGAACCAGAAAGUGAAAGUGAAAGUGAAGAUUCAGAAACUUGUGACAGUGAUACUGAGAUGGAUGACAAAGCCUGGGAACUGAAUUCUGAUAUUGACCCACUUGAAGAGAAACAUUUUAUUGUUUCUCAAUCCUGCUUGGCAUCCCUCUUUUCAGUAUGUAACUGUUGUCUGUCUUCAGCAACGGCAUCGGUUGUCUUUCAGAAAGGAAUGAUGAUAGUUGUGAAGGUUUGUUGCACCAGAGGCCACGAGUAUUUGUGGCACAGUCAGCCGCAACAUGGCACCAUGCCAAGGGGUCACCUGACUUGUGCUGGAGCAAUAUUGUUCAGUGGAAGCAGUAUUUCUAACAUUUUGACAUUGUUCCAUCAUAUGAAAGUGCCAAUGUUUUCCGUUAGGACAUAUUUAAAACUUCAGAAGUUCUACUUGAUACCUUCUGUAAAGUGUGUAUGGCAAGAUCAGCAGUCAAGUUUGUUGCAGUCUGUCCAGAACACAGAUCUGGUUCUUGGUGGAGAUGCUAGAUGCGACAGUCCAGGCCACACUGCCAAAUAUGGCACCUACACCCUACUAGAUCUGCAGUGUAAAAAGAUUCUGGAUAUUCAGCUGGUGCAGAGCAAUGAAGUAAAAAAUUCCUUUUGGAUGGAAUUGGAAGGGCUAAAGAGAGCAAUACACUACUUGGAGAGCAAAGGAUGUGUCAUCACGGAACUUGUUACUGAUCGUCAUGUAUCAGUAAAGAAGUACAUGAGAGAUGAGAACAAAGAGAAAAAACACUUUUUUGAUGUCUGGCAUAUGGCAAAAGGCAUUGGAAAGAAAUUGGAGAUUGCCUCAAAGAAGUCUGGAUGCAGUGAUAUACACCAGUGGAUAAAGUCUGCUUCAAAUCAUAUGUACUGGGUGGCUGCAUCAUCAGGAGAUGAUAACGAAAUAAAAGUCGACAAGUGGCUGUCUCUUCUCAAUCACGUGAGAGAUCAACACAGCGGACAUUCGGUGAACUUCCCAGAGUGUAUUCAUGGUCCACUUGAAGAAAAACUAUGGCUGGCAAAUGGAACCAAGGUGUUCAAAGUGUUUGAGGAUGUGAUAGCCAACAAGGCACUUCUUCGAGAUAUACCCCAGCUGUCCCCAGUCUACCAGACAUAUGCAUUGGAGGUGUUCCACAGUGUUGUGAAUCGCUUUGCUCCAAAAAGUACUCACUUCUUCCACUCAGCUAUGUUAACAAGAAUGUACUUGUCGGCUCUGCACUACAAUGAAAAUGGAAAUCGACCACAAGAUGUGACGCUGGAUGGGGAACUGAAAUGGCAAAUCUGUUAUCCCAAAGCCAAGAAAGGUGAACAGGCCGUUGUAAAGCCAGUGAAAAGCAGAGUAACUUAUGAUUAUGUUGAUAGUCUUUGCAGAGCAGUUUUUGAACGCCGUAUUAACUUCCCAUCCUACAUCCUAGCAAAACGUGAUGUAGAAGCAUCACCAAGUGCACCAAAACCACUGACGGCAGCAUUCCCUGCUGCAGACAAGAAAGAACUGGUCCUUAACAGAAAGUCACGAUUUGUUGUUCGACUUGUAUAAUUCAUAUUGAAGCUGGUGCAUACUAAAAUUAUUAAAUAUGGAGUAACAGGUGUUGAACUGUAAUGCUGACUCACCAGUCCUAUUGUUAUGCUGAACCCUGUCUGUUUUUGCUGGUUAAUAUUAGACUUUAUAAGGAAAUGAAACAUUUUGCAUUUCUUUUCAAAAAUUGAAGACUUGUUUUAUGGUCAUUUUACCUGAAGAAUUUAACCUUUUUUUCUUUACCAUGAUUAUGUUUUCUUGUAUAUUUAAAUUUAAGUAAAAUGAUUGUGUAUUUGUGAUUCAUAAUAAACAGUAUAUAAGUAUG